AGCGUCACCGCGGACCGUCACCAAGCAUGGCGGCGCUCCUGUGGACGUUCAUAAUAACGUAUUUUGGAAAUACUAUUUGCGUUAAUAAUGCGAGCUCGGACCAGGUCAACGUCACGCACAUCGUUUCGAAGGACACGUUUGUUUUUGAUAAAGCUUUUAAUCUGACCGGAAGUAAAGAAAACGCCACUUCUGCACCGCCUCGGGUUUCAUCAACAGAGCAAAGCGCUGAGGCUCCAGGGAGUGAUGGAGGAGUCGGGACAGAAAGCUCCACCUUUAGAACAACGGAGACCUUCACAGCUACAGAUUUACAAACAACCGAAACAUCCUUAUCACCAACAGAAGGCAUAUUAGUUACAGCAAACCCUAAAACAGAGCGAGGGGGUAUUUCCUCACGGGCUUUACCCCUCUCAGGGUCACUACCCCAGCCUGUCACUGAAGUGUCUGCCGUGUGUCCGUGUAACGUCCAGAGAGAGCGAUGUGAUAUAAACUGCUGCUGUGACCCGGACUGCACUCAGGAGCUGGCCCUCUUCACACAGUGCUCAGUGCAGAAAGUUGUUGGGGACACUAAGCUCUGCAGCCAGGAUGCAGCCCUGUACACACUCACUGCAGCUCCAGAUGGUUUGUCCCAAGUGACGACGUCUGUCCAGCGAGAGAUCAACCCUGAUGUCUUCUGCAUACAGUCUGCUAACUAUGAACAGGGCAUGUCCUUCCUCACCCCGAUGGUUCCCACCGAGGACAACUUUGACAGUCUCUUCGAUCGCUUUGUAGGAUUCUUCUUCAGAGCCUCUGGCGGAGACGGCCGUGCACUACAGACUCAGGGAAACUCUCCGGGAUACAUGUAUGGGGAUCUCAUCCAGACGAUGGAUGAUGCCGAACAGCGAGGUUUCUUCAGGCUUCCAGCAUCUGCUGCUGCAGCAAACUGCUUAGAUACGAACCCUGCAGCUUUUCUGAAGGAUCAGACGAGCAGAUGUGUGAGGAGCUUCGCUGUGAAGGAAGACUGCACCGUGUUAGACGCGCUGAACCUUGAGGCGUACACCAAUUUCCGUGUUUUUUCUGGGAAGGACAAUGGUGCUAAUCUGGUGUCUGUAGAAGUGGAGACCAUUACACUGCAGUCUUUAGAAGGCACACGCACACUGCUGCAGACGGAUGCUGUUGCUUCUAACUACACACCCGUGUUAAAUGGUCAGAUCUGCAACCAGGUGGUGCUGCAGGUUAAAUACACGGUGAGGUUUGAUGACGCCGGACAGAUUGUGACGGUGACGGCGUCUUUCGUUCUAGGUGCUGUUGAUGAAAGCACACUGCCAAUACAGCAGGAGUUUCAGAUAACGUUUGUUCAGGAGAUCAGAAGUGAUGCUACACUUCGCUCUAGUGGAAAUCCUGGUUAUGUGGUUGGGCUGCCCCUUGUGGCUGGAUGGAGAACUGCAGAGGGAAUUAUCCGAAGCUCAGAUCCAGACGGGUCUCUCACUGUCAUAAAGAGUUCAGCAGAGCAGGACUGUCUGCUCGGGGUGACCCAGCGCUCACCCAUACUGUUCGGGAUAGAUGUGGUUUCCGGAUGCACCUUUAGGCUUGAGGACAGCGCAAACUGUUCGUUACUCUCCGAAGUUAUUUUGGGAAGAUUGAAAGGCCAGAUUUUUCCGGAUUACGUGGCAUCUUUUGGAAAUUCUUCUCCUCAAAACCCCAUGGACUGGGUUCCUUUAGAGAACCAAACCACACCAACGGCCACACAGGGAUGCAGCAUUCCAGUGUCCUAUCAUCUUGAAGUAAGCUGGACCAAGUAUGGUACCUUGCUGAACCCCCAAGCCCAGAUUGUGAAGGUGAUGGAAACAAUCCAGACCAACACCAGCACCUUGCCAUCUCUCUCAACCAGUGGUGUCAUCUCCGUCAUGAGCUCCGUGAGCUUUAUUGACGUGUCUGAGUCAGCUAGCCCAGGAUUCAGAGUUCCUCCCACCAUCAACGCCAAUCUUCCCUCCAACUUCUUCUUCCCGUUCGUAUGAACAGGGAAAUGACUAAGCACUCCACAUGGAGGUAAUUUCCUGUCUAAUGUAACUGAACACGUGUACAGUGGCAACAUUUGAGGUUCCAUGAAUUGCAGAUUUGUUUGAUUUCAUAAAUCAUUAAAUUGUAACAUAGAUUUUGUAGUUUAAUGUAAUGGCUGUGGGUUGUUUUUCAUAUAUUUAGGUUUUAUUUGAUGUCUCACUUGAAGAGGUUUACACAAUAUAAAUUUACAUGCUGAGAUUUGACAAUUGGAUCACGUAGAACAGUUUAAAUAUGGACUCAGCUGGCCCCACCUCAAAAACAUGACACUUGUGGAAUAUUUCCUUUUCAAGAGAAACCAGUUAUUUGGAAGAAGUAAAAGCUGUUAAUGCAAAAUGAAUGUUUUUGAGUAUAAUAUGUUGUGACUGUAGCGUGAGAAUAACAUGGAGAAUUGCAGGGUGGCUUAGUGGUACGUACCAGUGCCUCACAGCAAGAAGGUCCUGGGUUCAAAUCCCUGGUUCGAACAGGGCAGGGACCUUUCUGUGCGGAGUUUGCAUGUUCUCCCCGUACCUGCAUGGGUUUACUCUGGGGUAGAGCAAACCUGGGGGGAAAAAUACUUAAAAUAUCCAUAAAUAUUCUGACAUGAUUUAUCUUGGUUUCAUUUUGUCCAUCACAAAAACCUGACAUUUUAAAAGGACUAAUUAUAUAUAUAUAUAUAUAUAUAUA